CAUUGCGGGCCCGCGGUUCGGGCGGCUCCGGCUCGAGGUCGAGCUCUGUUGCUGCUCUCGCCCUCGGGGCUGCAUCGUCCUCCCGCUUGGCCGGCUCACAGGGCCGCGCGCGACUCGUUCAGCUGCAGCCCCGCUGCCGGCGCCCGGGGCGCUGCCGCGGCCGUGAGCCGACGAGUCCGUAAGGGCGGCGGGGCCGCGGGGUCGGGGCGCGGCGCGCGGGCGCAGGUCUAUGUCGCGGGCGGCGGCGGCGGCGGCGGCCGCGCAGGGACGAUGCGCGAGUACAAAGUGGUGGUGCUGGGCUCGGGCGGGGUAGGCAAAUCCGCCCUGACCGUGCAGUUCGUGACCGGCACCUUCAUUGAGAAAUACGACCCCACCAUCGAGGACUUCUACCGCAAGGAGAUCGAGGUGGACUCGUCGCCUUCGGUGCUGGAGAUCCUGGACACCGCGGGCACCGAGCAGUUCGCGUCCAUGCGGGACCUGUACAUCAAGAACGGCCAGGGCUUCAUCCUGGUCUACAGCUUGGUCAACCAGCAGAGCUUCCAGGACAUCAAGCCCAUGCGGGACCAGAUCAUCCGCGUGAAGCGGUAUGAGAAGGUUCCAGUCAUCCUGGUCGGGAACAAAGUGGACCUGGAGAGUGAGAGAGAAGUGUCCUCCAACGAAGGCCGCGCCUUGGCUGAGGAGUGGGGCUGCCCCUUUAUGGAGACUUCUGCUAAGAGCAAAACAAUGGUGGAUGAGCUCUUUGCUGAAAUUGUGAGGCAGAUGAACUAUGCAGCUCAGCCUGACAAAGAUGACCCAUGCUGUUCUGCCUGUAACAUACAAUAGCAUCCGAACAUGGCUGCCCCGGACAGGAUUCGCCUAGGCUCGUAGGCAGCAGUAACCUUGUCUACUGUGCUGCAGUUUGUAGGAUGGGUGGUGUGUGAGUCCACGGUGCACUGCAACCUUCAGGCCGGAUGGCCAGCUGAUGCCUCUGAGUACCUGUGGGUUCCGUGACUACAGCCUCCACUUCUGUCCUCAGUCCUUGUACAUCUGCAACCUGAAGGCCCCACCGCCAAGCUACAGGGUGACCUCAUUUGACAUGAUGAUGGCAUUGCCAUUGAGGUGACAGAAGCCACUGUUGUGUAAACUAAAAAUAAUCAUGAGAGAGAAACCAGAAUUCCUAUGAUCACUAACAAUUAAAAUAUUUUGUUGUCUUAAAAAAAAAAUAAAAGGAGAAAUAUUUUCCUACAAGAGUACUGAAGUCAGCUUCUAGCCAGUGUAUUCCGUCCAGUAAAACAGCAUUGCAGGGAGACUCUGAUCAGCUGACACGUUUCUAGUUUUCAAAUUGAUGCCUAAUCGUCGAGGUUAUCCUAAUUCGUGACAUGUCAGUCCUCAAUAGAGUAAAAGUCAGAACAAGGCUGUGUGAAGACCCAGUCUGGCUUUAGAAUUUGUUGAAUCACCUGCUCUGCCACAGAAAAUAGUCUCUCAUAGGGGUUUAUGAAAAUUGAGUCACACGCCCACCCUCUGUUAACGGAGAGGGGAUGGUCUUUAUUUACUGAACAAGACAGAAGCAGCUGAGACGGAGAGCCAGCCUUACUAACGAGCCUCGUAGCCGAUUAACCAUCACAGAAGGAAAAUGAAGCCAUGUUACACCCACACGCUCCCGUUUGCAGACACCCCACAGGACAGUACAGACAUUUGGCUUUGUGUGUGUGUGUAUGUGUCUGUGUGUGUGUGUGUGUUUGUGAAAGCAGCCUUUAAGGGCCACGGUUGCAAUGGGACCCUUGGCUCACCUGCUUUGGAAAUCCAGUCUGCUGUAUCACAGCUUUAUUAUAGGCAUUUAAAACAAAAGUAAAAAGCAGAUUGAACAGCCUAUGAAAAAAUUUGGGCUUAAAAGUAGAGUAUAAAUUAUUUUAGCGAGGGAAGGAAGCUUUUCAUGUGUGCAUUCCACCCUGAUGGCCGAAGUGGCUGGCACACACUGCCUGAGUGAGUCUUCUGUUUCGAAAGGGUGCUUAAGCUCUGGCAUUUUUGGCCAUGAAGUGUUUUAUCAUUUGCAUGAGUAAUGGCACAGGAAAAAAAAAAUUUCAGUUCAGGAGUUUCAGGAGCGUGGAAGGGUUCUUUCUUCUCACCUCCCUUAGUGGCAUAAGUGCUGGUGAUCCUGCCCUCUGAAGAUCAGUGUGGCCUUCAGAACCGCAGUGUCACUGAGCCUGGAAGCACUUAGGGCCUUUGCCUUCUCAGGCUCCACAGUCUCGUGCAAGUAACCGCUUAGUCUCAUGUGUACCAGAAAGAAGAGUGUGUUUGUGUGUGCAUGUGUGUUUAUUGUUCCUAAGAAUUUGGCACAAUUCAGGCUAUCGCCUCGACUGAGAAUCUAUACUGCAGAACAUAAUGUAUAAGCAAGCAGUUUUUAAAUUAUUAGUCUCUUACAAGCCAUUGGAAUCUCCCCCACCCCAAGUAUUUAGUAGCUGGCUUUAAGUUUACAAGAUAGGGGGACAAGGUCAAUGGUGUUUGUCAUAUGUGAGAAAAAGUAAAUAAAUAAUGUGGGUAAAACCAGGUUGUGGGUGUUAGAGAGUCUUAGAAAAUUCAUGAUCUUCAGUGCCAUUUCCUCCACUUAGGAAGGACAAAAAUGUCCAUUUUAUAGGACAAAAAGUCCUAACAGUUUUCUUGAAACAAAGUCUUUUAUGUAAAAGUUGAUUUUUGACUCAGACAUAUCGAAAAAUUGAACUAAAGAAGUAUGUUUCAUCUGCUGAAGUAGAAAUAUUCGUGUGAGACCUCUGAGGCCUCUAACUUGUCCGACUUACUCUAAUGUUUAGAAUCUCAUAAUGAACAGCAAUUGAUGAUACUGUGUAUUAGACGGGGCUGUACAGAUCCCACAGCCUCACGUCACAGUGGAAAGGGUGUGAAGCCUGAGAAAGCCGGGCAAGGUGUGAAGUGUGAGCUUUGCCAGGCAUCUGGGCAGGCUCUUCCUAAGGCCCAGUGUUUACACCAGCCCUUCAUAGUGCCUGGGCAUCACUUCCCCAGGCCAAAUUUUGCCACACCCUCUCCCUGUUCCUCUGGUGCAAGUCUGACUGACGGUUGUGCAUGAUGUUGCUGAGAUGGGGAUAAAAACCCAAGGACAGGAAAAGGACACUUGUCAGCACAUGAAAUGGCAGGGCGCAAAGGAGAGCCGGCCCAUUGAUAUUUCUUUAAAAGCCCAAUGCACCUAGCAACCAGAUAAAUGAAAGUUCGUUCUAACAUGCCUUAAAAAUAUGGUUUGACCCCAAAGACCCAUUAUUCUUUAGCUAUUACUUAGUUUGCUUUGCUUUGUUUUUUUACUUUUCACACAGAGCCAGGUUUUUGUUUUGUUUUAGGUUUAUUUCUUUUAUGGUGUAACUUGCGGUUCUUUUUAAGCUGUGGCAGCGGCGGUAACCAACGCCUUUGUGCUCCUCAGCUUCCACAGGACAAGCCAGCAUGUGCUGGGAAGCCUUCUAGGUGUUUCCGUACACCGUGAGAGGUGCUUUGAAGCUCCCACCCUUUGCUUUGUAGAAUUAGGGCUUGCCCGUGCACUCCAGUUGCCACUCUCUGGGGUAGAACUACUGAUGCUUGCCUGCUUUUUGUGUCGCCUGUGGACGGCUGUGGUGCACCGUCCAGUGUGAGUGUUGCUGCUGGUGACUGUGAAGGUGUGUUGUCCUCCACUGCUGUUGGGUUGCUUAGUUGCUUAGUUUCUUCAUCAGUAGUCCCCCUCCCCCGUUAGCACUGGCUCAGCUUUAACUGUGUCCUCAGCCAAUCAGAUGUUGAAGACCAUGGGGGUCCUCUUGUUUAAUUUGUCCUCGUGUAUCUAUUAAACCUUGAUCAGGGUUUCUAGAACGGCUGCAGUAGAUUUUGAAAACAGACUUACUGUUAUUGAUUGAGGUUCCCCAGAGAUCCAGUUCACAGUUAAUUGUUGGACUCUAAUACAACUGACCAUUGAAAAAUGAACAACAGCUUAUUGUUUUGUAACAGUGUCGGGUGAGCCCUGACAUUUCAAUUGAAACAUGAAUUGUCAUUAUAACUCAAUGCAAAUUCAACAGUUGUAUUUGGAGUUAAAUUAUUUUAACAAAUAAAUUUAUUUAAUGAAA